AUGGCUCUGCUGGUGGCAGUGGCACAAGUGCUGCUGCUUCUGGCUCUGCCUGGGGACUCCCAGGGCCUCUGCUCGCCCACUGCCUUCUACAAGAACUGCUGGAUCCGGCGCUUCCCGGGCCUCCUGGUGGACCUGCAGGAAUCCCAGAGGAGGGGAGCCCAGCUGCUGAAGGGUUAUGCAGAAACCUCCCCCCAGCAGUGCAGCAGAACCUGCUGCCUUCUGAGGAACGUCUCCUGCAAUCUAGCAGUGUUCUACCAUGGAGCCAUUCAUGAGAACAGGAACUGCCUGCACAUGUCUUGCCCAGCUUUGGAAAGCUGCAUUCUAAAGGCUGGAGUUGAUGUCAUUUUGUACAACAUCACAACAGGGAUUGAUCCAGAUCUUCUCAUUUUUGAGAAACUGAAAUCCCAAGAGCCAAAUGCUCACUCCUCAGCAAAUAAAUCUGAGAGGCAGCUCAGCACAAAGACCCCUGAGAGGGGAAGAUGCCAACAUCACAAUGCCACCACGUCAGGUUCUCCUCUGCUCCGAGCUCCACCUGCUGCCACGAGCCACGGCUUACCAGCAAACACCCCCAGCUGGAGUCUGACAGUGCAGAGAACUGAAGGUACUGCCUAUUCCAGGGCAGAAACUUCCCCAGCAGACAUUGCUUUUGCUAAGAGGACAAGCAGCAGGUCAGUCACCAGCUCAGACAAGACUGCACACUCAGCUUUGAGCCCCAAGCCUGCCGAGGUGUUAUCCCACAUGCUCACCCCUCCUCGCCUGAACAGCAGCAAGCAACACCUCAACGAAACCAAAGGCUCCAGUGGGAGGAAUUCCACGUCGGAUAAUGAGGCAGCUGCCUGGGAAGCUGCAGCUUUGGGGGUCUGGCUGAUUCCUGUUGUCCUCUGCUCCUCUCUCCUCUGCCUGUGCUGUUGCACUGCUGCCCUCACAGCCGGGCGCUGCAGUUACAGGAGGGGUCACUAUAAACCCGUAAGGACAAGAACAACGAUGUCCAGACAGCUCAUAAAAUGUGCUCCUGUCAGAGGUAAUCUGUGAAACACCACCCUGGCUCUGGAACAAACAGGAUUUUAAAAAUGCACCCCAUACACGAGCUUACUUCUCUCACAGAACCAGUGGUAACUUAGUUCAGAAUAUUUUGGUUAUGAUUUAAUUCUCAGCAGAUGAAGCACAACUCCCUGUCUUUUUAGG